AUGUUGGCUGCUCCAGCGGUCAUGAAUGGUGACCAUGGCCCAAUGUUGGACAAAAACAACAUCAUAAACGUAAGAGACGGAGAAUCGCUCUACCAAAUAUGUAUCAAACUUCGGCGGCGCUUGUCCGGCGUGCCCGGGUUUCGCCCGUAUCUCGAAGAAAUGGAAGAGCGAGAAGCAGAUGGUCUGACGGAUCCAGUGUCUUCUCUGUGGCAGUGUUUCCGGAGUGGCUUACCGCUACUCACGAUCUAUAAUGCUUCCAACCCAGAAGAAGGCGACCUCACCGUGGAUACGAGUCGACCGGACAGAGUGGGCAAGGAAGCAGCAUUUCUGUUCAUCAAGUCAUGCAUGCAACAGAUGAAUAUCCCUGCAGCUGACACCUUUACUGUUACCGAUCUAUAUAGCGACAAUACGACUGGUUUUGUGAAAGUCACAAAACUGGUGAACCGCGUACUGGAUAUGUUGAAACUGAGCGGCAAACUACACCCAUCAACGGACAGUGAAGAUUCCCGCGAAGGAACGGACGCCGGAUCCAACGCUCCGGAGCAGGCGCCGAAGACAAUGACGCGGCGACAAUAUAUUCUAAGAGAACUCGUAGAGACCGAACGACAGUAUGUUCACCACUUGCAGAACUUGCAAGCGUUGAAGAAAGAGUUGGAGGAAGUCGGCGCCUUGACUGGGGACGCCAUCCACAACAUUUUCCUCAACCUGAACAAUCUACUGGACUUUGCGCAACGGUUUCUGAUUCGCAUCGAGCAACAGAAUGAAAUGCCAGAAGAGCAACAGAAUUGGGGUCGGCUCUUUGUGCACUACAGGGAUCCAUUCAGGCAGUAUGAGCCUUUCAUCGCAAACCAGAGGAGAUGUGAAGCCAGUUGCCAACAGGAAUGGGACAAAAUGGUUGCGACCGCAAGAUCCCCAUUGACCAAACAGAUGCUUGCGAAUCCGACCAUCCUCAACGGAUUCCUCCUCAAACCGUUCCAGCGGCUGACAAAAUAUCCUCUUCUACUGAAAGACCUGCUGAAUCAAAUAGAAGAUCCAACUCUGAAAUCGGAUCUCACUAGUGCCAUUGCCAUCAUUCAAGAUGUGCUCAUGCAAGCGGAUGCUUCUAUUGACAAGGAGACUCGAGAUGACGCCCUUCAAGACCUGCAAGAGCGGAUAGAUGACUGGAAGCAACUGCAGAUCUCCGCCUUAGGUGAACUCCUGCUGCUUGGGACGUUCAACGUCAUGAAAGAGAGUGCGAUUCGAUCAGACGAGAAAGAGUAUCACAUCUACCUCUUCAGCCGGAUCUUGGUUAUGUGUAAGGAUGUCAAUGCCAACAAACCGAAGAAUAGACUGGCAAACAACAAACCAGCUCUCAGUCUACGUGGCAAACCCAAGAUGAAUCUGAAAGGACGAAUCUAUUUUGCCAAUGUCACCCAGGUCAUCCCUACAACAAGUCCUGGAAGCUAUUCCUUGCAAAUUUCAUGGAAAGGCGAGUCCGGCAUCGAGACAUUCAACAUCAAAUUUAAAAACGAUGAUACACUACAAAAGUGGCACAACUUGAUUGAGACUCAACGGUCGGCUUGUAUGCUGGAGUCUAAGACCAGAGGCAUCUCGGAAACUCAUCUUCUUUCCUUGCAAGGGGCGAACCUGGAAAACCCAUAUCUCGCACAAGAGGAGGACGAUGAUUAUAACAGACUUUCUUCAACAACCUAUGGCGGGACUGAUGCAAACGGAUAUUCCGAAUUUAACAUGAGCAGAAAUGCCUCGAGCACGAGUCUCAGGUCACGUUCCGCCACAGGAGGCAGUGGUGGCAGCGGCCCUCAGAUGUCAGCGAACCGCAUGCGGGUGCCCGCCGGGGAAAUAGGCGCACUUUCAUUGAAUACUCGAGGCCUUCCCAGCGCAUCUCCACAUGAAUUCAACGGUGGCUCGUAUUUCUCUCCCAUUGACCGAGAUACCCCCCCAGGUUCCACAAUCUCAGCGCGGUCCAGCUCCCAAUCCGCAUUUGCAGGUUAUCACCGAGGGACUACUCCAGUCAGCGGCGGCAUGUACCCUCCGGAGUCACAUCGAAAUACUGCUCCCGCUAUGGCGCGAAACCCCAACGGACAAACCAGUGGAAACCCAUACCUGGCAAACGGUCGAAGUCGAGGACAGUCAUCUGGUCCAGCAAUGCAAGUGCCUCGCAUGCGGUCCGCGAGUAGUCCUGAUGUGCACCCAAUGGUUCAACAGAGUCGCAAGUAUACUUCGACCGAGCAUGUCCCAACUGUGCCGCCGAUACCCGCUCACAUGGCCAAGCAGAUGGCUCCUCCGAGCAGGAGUCAGAACAAUUCGCCCAACAACGCGCCUCCGUCACGAGGAAGCACUCCUCAUCAGCAGUUUGGGCUACCCUCGGCGCCGCGGCCUCCCAUGCCGGGUCAUGGCUAUAGUUAUGAUCCAUCGUAUAACAAUGAUCCCAGGCGACCUGGACAUGCACCGUCACUAUCACAAGGUCGGGCUUUCUCGCCUCCCAUAUCAUCGCCCUCCAGCGAUGGGGAACCAUAUAUCCCCAGUCAGCUUAAAGCCAAGGUCUGCUUUGAUGAGAAUUAUGUCUCGAUGAUCAUUGCCAGCAAUAUUCAGUUCAGAUCAUUGGCCGAUCGUAUAGAUGCGAAGCUAGCACGGUUCACGAAUCAUUCGAUUGCCUCUGGAUCUGUUCGUUUGCGUUAUCGGGAUGAAGAUGGCGAUUUCAUUCUUAUCGACAGUGACGAGGCGGUCCAUGAGGCUUUGUUGGAUUGGCGUGAGACGCAAGCUGCGAACUCGGCGAAUCCGCAAAAUGCAGAGCUAUUGUUGUUUGCACAUGCUACUCACGGCGAGUCCAUCGUGAAUGGUUGA